UGGCAGGAGAGGGAGAUGCGCUUCAGACCGAAAGUACAGCAGCAGCCGAACGCAAGCCUCUUCUGAACCGUCGAAUAUGAUGCCAGUGUCUGGCAACCUGUACGCCUUGCAGCACAAGUGUUGAAAUAAGUGUGAUAGACCAGUGCGGCUGUUUUCUUUGAAACAUUAACUGAGCAUCAGACAUGCAGGUCGUGGUGGGUUGAUUCUUAAAAGACGCAGCUGCAAAAUUUCACCAGUGUAGGAAAUUAAAAAAAAAAACACUGCCGCAGUGUCAGAUAAAGCGGUGUGUCACGCUCUGCUUACACUGUAUGACUUUGCUCGAUUUCAAGAAGAUGACAACGAUGGAUGCUAACAACAACAGUACGGGAAGUGUCAUUUCAUACAUUGGGCCAGCAGGGGGAUCCCCGAAUCGCACAAGCCCAGUGUCACUUUACAGCGAGAACUCCAACAGCAGCUUCCACUCGUUGUCCUUAUCUCUGUCGCAGCCGUCCUUUGGCUCUUCCUUUCCUCCUUCGCCCAGCAGUUCGCUUUCCCAAGAUUCCACACGGCAGUAUGGGAGCGGCUCUUUGUCAGGGUCAGGAGAGGACGCAGGCUCUACCAGCUCAGGAGGCUCUCCACGCAGGCCUUCUUGCAGAGAGGAGUCAAACAGCCGUUCUUCUCCUAGCAAAGCAAGCAGCAACAUCACCAAGCUUAAUGGCAUGGUGCUGUUGUGUAAAGUGUGUGGCGAUGUGGCAUCAGGCUUCCAUUAUGGAGUUCAUGCCUGUGAAGGUUGCAAGGGCUUCUUCCGGCGCAGUAUUCAACAGAAUAUCCAGUACAAGAAAUGCCUAAAGAAUGAGAACUGCUCCAUCAUGAGGAUCAACCGCAACAGGUGCCAGCAGUGCCGCUUUAAGAAGUGUCUGUCUGUGGGCAUGUCACGAGAUGCGGUCCGCUUUGGACGCAUUCCCAAGAGAGAGAAGCAGAGGAUGCUGGCAGAAAUGCAGAGUGCUAUGAAUAACAUGGUGAAUAAUCAGCUGCAGCCGGAUGUCCAGCUCCACCCACACAGUACUCCACCAAUGUCAACCUCGCCGACUCUGCCUCCUCAACCCCAGCAAAGUCCCCAACAGAUUGGCUGCGGUCAGCCACUUUCUCCUCUGCCCCAGAUCCAUCCCGCUUCACCACCACAGUGCCCCAGCCCGGAGACGGACAAGACGAUCUCACUCAUUGCCAAAGCCCACAAGGAAACCUUUGUCUAUGCCCACGACAAGUUGAGCUGUUCUUCCCUGAGGUUUAACCAUCAGAAUGCUGAAAUGGAUAAUCGCUGCUCUAAUGGCUACCAUCUGAAUGGAGUGAACAGCACCUACUACCAUGACAAUAAUGUAGGCCACCGGAAUGGUUUCACAGACAAUAUUGGUGCAAACCCCAUCAAAAAUAACUGUCACAUGCCCCCCACAUCUGGCAUAAUUUACCCCAAUGGACGCACGAAUGGCUUCUUUCACCAGAACAACUGCAAUGGCCACAGACUUUGCCCCAGCAAUAUGUGCAGCCAGCACAACAUGCAGAACCAAGACGUGGACAGCAGGCACCCACCAAGCCACAGUCCAGUACAGAAAUGUCCAUGGAAGGGCAACCGCAAUGUCCUGCUGGCCUGCCCGAUGAAUCUACAACCUCAUGGCGAUGCCAACAAAUCUCCACAGGAGAUCUGGGAAGACUUCUCUCUGAGCUUCACUCCGGCUGUCCGAGAAGUCGUGGAGUUUGCCAAACACAUCCCUGGCUUCCGUGAUCUCUCUCAGCAUGACCAAGUUACACUGCUGAAAGCGGGAACCUUUGAGGUGCUCAUGGUCAGGUUUGCAUCGCUUUUCAACGUAAAGGAGCAGACGGUUACCUUUAUCUCGGGGGUGACUUACAGCCUGGAGACGCUGCGAGGGAUGGGAAUGGGAGAACUGCUCAACUCCAUGUUCGAGUUCAGUGAAAAGCUCAGCACGUUGGCCCUCAACGCAGACGAGCUGGGGCUCUUCACCGCCGUUGUGCUCGUUUCAGCAGACCGCUCUGGGAUAGAAAAUAUCAUUUCCGUGGAACACUUGCAGGAGUCUCUGAUCCGGGCCCUGAGAACCUUGGUGACAAAAAACUACCCUGAUGACACGUCACGUUUCACCAAACUGUUGUUAAAACUCCCCGACCUGCGCACCUUAAACAACAUGCACUCGGAGAAACUGCUGUCUUUCCGGAUCGAUGGCUGAACUGAAACAGAAAGCUGUUCGACUCGGAUUCCUUUUUAAAAAGAAAAAGACAAAAAUGCUGCUUCCCUAAACCCGACGUGAAAAUUCAGAUUUUUUUUUUUUUAUGUUCUGGUUUCUAUUUAUAAUUUAAUGAAUGAAUGUUCCAAAAAAAAAAAAAAAAAGAUAUACAAAAAUUGAGCUUAUAUUGUAAAUAUUUCUAUAUAAAUAUACAUAUACAUGCCAAGGGGAAAUGUUUGAGCUUGACAUAAUAUUUUAUAAAGGAAGAUAAUGCUUUAUACUUAAAACGUUACUUGUAGACAUUAUUUAAUUGUAGGGUUGCCUACCGGCCUAAAAUGACCAGCAGUCCUCUGGCUUGAAGGGCUGCUGCGUUAUAGCAAAAAAACAAAAAGAGACCCUCAAAUGUGGGAGGACAUGAAAGUGCCGUUCAGAGGUGUGUGUAACUAGCGCAUGGCACCCACCCAGCAGUAUCUGAUGCCCACAUGAAUCCACAUUCUUACCAACUGGAAUGCCCAGUCACUCAGGGCUUACACAGAGAAGGUAUUUUAAGUUUCGGAUAACAAGAUUUUGGUUUUGUUCCCUCUUUAGAAAGGGAGAAAAUAAACUCAUUUCCUCAGGUUUACUCAUUUCCACAAACCAGUGGUAUAAAUUGAGUUGUUUUAUUUAAUGGCACACAUGGUAGUGCCACGGUGCUGCCUUGUGGACCAAUGUCCUCUGUUUGAAUCUCGUGCCUGGUUGUUGGCUUUUUGGAAUUGACACAUUCCUGGUGUCCCACCCCUACAUUCCCAGAGAUGUGUGAGUUGGUGUAAUUGACAAUUCCAAAUUGACCCUGUGUGCUGGCACCCUGUCCAGGAAGGCCGUCUGCCCUGCAGCUCAGGGGUUGGCCAUGACAGGCUCUGGCACCCCGUACCCCUGAAUUGGAUUAAGUGGGUUUAAGAAUUUAAUGUUAAAUUUAUUCACACAGCUUCAAGUUUAUAAAAACACUCAGGAAAUGCUUAUGUUAAAGCAGACCAGCAUUCUUUGCAGUGAUUUAUCUAACUUGUCAAAAUUAAAAAUUCAGUGUUUGUGACGACAGGCUCCGAUCUUAUGGUGUGGAUUUUAAAUGUACGAGUCGGAUAAACCUGCAUCUCCGGAAGAAAACCUGUGAGGAAUCCUGAUCUUGCAAAGCCAUCUUGAGUAAACGAAUCUACCAAAGCGUAUAAAAUUUAAUGAGGUUCAUUAACACGUGAAAAACUUCCAUGGGCAGAUACAUCAGCCAGUUAUGGACUCGAUCGUUUACUUCAGUGGUCCUCACGUUCAGUCCUGGAAGCCCCUCAAACACUGCAGGUUUUCCUUCCAACCCCUUUCUUGUUCUAAUUGGACCCGUCUAUUAAUUAAUUAAGACGUCACGCCCCAGUUUGGGGUUUCUGUCUCAAUUCAGAAAUUACAAACUGGCAGUUUCUUUUACGGAACGAAGCAGGAAUUUAGAUGCAAAAACAUCAGUUUUUAGAAUUUUGGUGUUUUGUUCUUUUUAAACUUUCUGGUUAUUUAUGACAUUGUUUACUGAUAAGCACACAAACUGGUCACGUUUAGCAGCAAGCGUCAUUAUUUGUCAGUAUUAAUAUAGAACUAUGGCAGCAAAGUCCACGGGGGAAAAGAGAAUCCAUCUUAACAACAGGAUAUGUGUGUCUGUCUCGUUGCUAUGGCUCUGUAAUUCCAAAAGAUGGCGCAUCACAAACAUUUUUAGUAAUAAAAUGCAUUUCUCAUUCCAACAGAUGGCACCUCACUGACAUUAACAUUGCUUGUAUGAAUCCCAUAGCAAAUAGCAUAUAACAGACAUACACAUUGCAUGGUGCCCUGUAAACGUUAAAACGCUAAGCUCUAGGUUGAUUGCUUUGAUUUCAACACAUCUUAGGACAGGUACCACAGCUAGUUAAAAUAAAGAAUUAUGGAGUUAACCACGACAACAAAAAAUAGAAAUAUUUCUUAACUUUGCAUAGAUGCAAAUCUAACACUAUAUUAAAAUACAGGACAGCUAAUGAAACAAUGAGAUCAAUUAAAUGUGAAACUGAUUGGAAUAAUAAAACCUGCAGAUAUUGGGGUUGGAUGAUGGGGGGUCCCAGGACUAACCUUGAGAACCACUGGAAACUUUAUCAAAAAGCUGCUCUGUUGAAGACCCCAUGGCCCAUGAACUCACACCAUCAGCUUUAAGGGGGGUGUAAAAAUGAAUCUAAUCCGUUAGCAGUCUGUUUGCUGACGCCUGGGCUGUUUCAUGGUGCUGUAAUGGAAAUUAAGUUUCCAACAUCUUCCAUUUAAAAAAAAAAUAAAAAUAAAAA